AAGGUGAAUCGCUAACCCAAAUUAUACAUUUAAAGGAUGACUGAUCGUGAUUUUUGGUUACUAUACAACUCUUUACUCGAAACUUUGAGAUUUGUCUGGUUGUAACAUUUCAAAGCUAGAGAAUUUUAUUUGUUUGAUGAAUUAUUCCAAUCUGAUAGAGGAAACAAGAAACUAGUAAUAGCUAAUUGGGUUGUGGGGCUACUUGGUUCUGUUGAGGGACAAAUAGGUCGUGAAGAAUCCUAUUGUUUAUUGACUUCAGAGUCUGUGUUGCUUCGUUAUAUUCUUUAUCAAAGAGAGACUUCCGCAAACCAAAAAUGUUACACUCUAUCGCUUCCCUCCUGAUCUCAUUAGCCUCGGAAACAGUCUUCCCACACCUCAACUUCUCCUUUGAUUGCUUCAGCUGUUCUUCAAUACUAGACAUAAAAUCCCAGUCACAUGUAAAUAUUGCUUCUCCUCUGAGAAUCCAAACAAUGAUAUUUUGAGAUACGAUUACAUAAUUAUAAUUCCACAAAGUUGAUAUGUCCAGUCUCAGGACUGACAUGCCAUUAAUAUGAUAUACUCCAUUCUUGGGUUCAAUAAAUUUGAAGUAGACAUAAUGAAUGACGUUAAUCAUCCUUUCCAGCAUGGGACUAUCAUGACAAAAGACACUUCUUGCUUCUCUUCAUAACUUAUACCAGAACCACAAAUAAUGUGAAUGUCAUCACACGUCAAGAACAUGGAUUGAGGCACCAAUAUCGAAAGCUCAACUCUUAGUCUCAUAACCUCCUUCUUAAUUCCUCCCCGAAAUUUAAGGAGAAUGUAGGGGCAGUGACAUUAUCUCCAUAUCCAAAGUCUCACCCAAAAUAGGCCCAAACUAUUCGCUAAGAAUCUUAUUUUGUAUCACUCUUGGUGUUUCUUAUCCAGCUUCUUCAUCAAAGUGAUACUUCCAAAAGUGAAAAAUGCUAGACUAUAUCGUCUCACUCGCAAACCCAUUGGCCACUGAAACAUCCUUAGCGGACCUCAGCUCAUCCUCUAGAUUCUUCAGCCCUUACUUGUAUCUCUUCAAACUUCUAAGAUAAUAGUUGAUCAUCAAAAGAUCAAUCUUUUGUUUUGAGAACCAGAAAAGGCGAUGCAAAGUUAUGAUUCAGCAGACGCACUCAGUCCAUGUUGUCCUGAUAAGCUUCCACUUGGCCAACUUUCCGUCAGCAUUCUGAUAUACUCCAUUCUUCAUUUUGAUAUCUCUUGAGUAUACAUAAUGAAUCACAAGAAGAAACCUUUCUAUCAUAUGCUUCCACUCCGGCAGUACAUAUCUCCACAACCUCAAGCAGAACAACAACAUAGUACAUAUAUUGAAUACACCUUUGGGUCAGAAUAGAUGGCUUUGAUGAUGGAUCUUAUCUUCGUCAAUCUAGUCUAUUGCGAUUAGGCCUUUACUGAUCAGAUUUAUGUGAUAAACCUCUGACAAAAAAUGAUAAUAAAAGUUCAUAACUAGCUGUUAUCUAACCAUGGAGACAUUUAAUGAAAACAACAUGUCGCAAUAUAUAAACACACACAAUUAGUUCCCGCGAGUGCGCGGGGUGUGGAGCACCAAACGUUAAUGUCAUCUCGGACAUUUCAGACUUUUUUUAGUCGACCUAUUUCAAAUUUUUUUAUCCACCACAAAUCAUUAUUUACAAAAUCCUGUAAGAACUUUAAAAAUAAAUAAUUUUGUAACUAAAAAUUUUUAUAAAAUUUUAGAGUUAUUCAUUUUUUAGAAAAAAAAACAGUUUAUUACAAUUCUAUAUUUUUUGAAAUUAAUAUUGGGUAAAAUAAAGAAAAUAAUUUAAUUUAUUGUUCGUAUAAAUUGUUAAAAUUUUUAAUCCGAAUUUUAUAUCUCUUUCUUUACACUAUUUGAUUUAUAUACUAACAACUACUUAAGUAAACACUAACCAACCCAUAAACCUCAAUUUUUGAACAUGAAAGCGCUAAUAACGGUAAUGAUAUCAAUCAAAUCAUUAUGAAAAUAAGAUAUGAAAAUAUCAACACAAAUAAAUUCACCGGUUAUUUUUGUAUCAACCUAAUCAAGGAGUUGACUUCCAAUAUUUCAUUCAUCACCAUUGUAACACAACGCAUCAACAACAUUAUGCCCAUAAUAUUAAUAAUGUAAUACAUCACGCAUGACAUAGAACUGUAAAAUAUGGAAGGGAAUCACAUGAAGAACAUGCAAAAUUAACCUUACAUAUAUAUCUCAUGCAAAAAUAAAUGAAGUGAAAAAGGAAACUAAUAAGUGAAUGUAAAUGUAAUUAAGUGAAAAUAUUCAUUUUUUUCCUUUGUACAUAUAUAUUUCCUUUUUUCUUUCUUUUACCAAACAAAAUAUUCAUUUUUUUGCAACACAAAUAUUCAAUUUUUUUGUCAACAUAUUAUAAAUAAACCCUAUGAACGGAGACGUCUAAGGGCAUCUGCAUCGGGCGUGCCUUGGGCCGUCCCUUCCUCUUUAUUGGGUCGAAAAUAAAUCAAAAUAAAAUUAAAAUGGGUGGGACGGGCCGUAAUUAAGGGACAAUCGGGCUCGUCCCGAAGGAGACGUGGCAACACGGUAUUGGACGAUGGAAACGACGAAGGGACGGUCGUUUCGGCUCAUUCCCAUUCCUGAAAUUGAAAUCGCAAAAUCCAAAAAGGAGAGCUCCAUGGCGAUGAACUGAAGCAUCGAAUCAAAGAUCGAUCCUUUCCAAACGAAAGCGAGGACCUGAUCUCCUCACUCCACCUGCGUCUUCUCUCUUCCACUGGAGUCUCCGUUGGUGUGUCUUUGCCAAUCGAAAGGUCGCAGCUUCCAAUCGAGAGGUCGCAGCUUUGAAAUCUCAAUCCACUUCCGUUCGAUUCCGCUCCUGUACGCAAGCUUCUUUCCUCUCCAAAUCCUCGGUGAAUCGUCCCAAUCUCGUCAAGGUACGGUCUUCAACUCGUAGAUGAAAUGGUUAGAAUCUAGGGUUUGGAAUAGAAAAAAGCUUAUUGAUUUACAUGGUUCGAUUGUAUGAUUUGUAUCUUUGUAGGCAGAGAGAUUGUUUUCUUUAGAUUAUAUGCGUGAUUCGUAGCUAAAAAACAGCAUCCGUUAAAAACUUUUGUGGUUAGAUCCUGUAAGAAAAUAGGUUGAGUGAUUUCUAUAUUUACAGUUUGAUAUUAACAAAAUAGUGUGUGUCUCUUUGGUAGUGUGUGUCUCUUUAGAUCCUGCUCGUUUUGUUUUGUGCUGUAGUUUAGUUUUCUUUCUGCUAUCGUCUGAAACUUGGUUCGUAAUUCUUUUUGCCUUGCCAUAGUUAUGUUUCUGCUAUCAUCUAUCUGCCUUGCCUGAGUUUGUAAUUCUUUGAGUCUUAGUUUUGUGAAACUUAAAGACACUUGCGUGUAUUUGAAAGACACAAGUUGUUCGCAAUAGACUAGGAUUAUUAUUGAUGAUGUUGUUAGGAAUUACUGCUUAGUUACAACUAGUCUAGUUUGUUUGAAACCAAAUCUCAUUAUAUUAAUGAUGUAGUUAGGAAUGUUAGAUAGCUUUUCUCUUCUGUAAUAAGUUUGGAUUAGACAGUUCUUGUUCGGAGUUAGCCAUUUAUUUGCGUUUGUACUUUGUAGUCUUCAGUUCCUCCUAUAAAAUCAAUUUUCUCUUCUCACUUCUUUCAUCUCACUCGCUUUUCUCAUAUAUAUCUCUUCUCUUUUCUCUAAUAUAUCUGUUUUCUUUUCUCUAAUAUAUCUCUUCUCUUUUCUCUAAUAUAUCUCUUGUCUUUCUCCAAUAUAUCUCCUCUCUUUUCUUACUGCUAUGGAUCCAAAUAAUAUUCAUAGUCAGAGCUCUAGUUUAUUAGGACUGCUUCAGAGUCAACAAGGGAGCGUUUACCAUGGUGGUAUUAACUUUGGUGAUUCUCAACCUAUCCCGUCAUUCAGUUCACAACCAUCUCAAGUACCACCAGUGCCCCGUGGUGUUAGACGCAAAUGGGACCCGGCUGAUGACGAGGUGUUGAUCAGUGCGUGGCUCAACACCUCUAAAGAUGCAAUUGUAGCAAAUGAGCAGAAGUCGGGGACCUUCUGGGAUAGGGUUGCUCAUCUCUAUUCCUCAAGUCCUCAUGGAUUAGAAGAUGGUGAGAGAGAGAGAGAACCCGGGCAAUGCAAGAAAAGGUGGCAUAGAAUAAACGAUGACGUUAACAAGUUUUGUGCCGCAUACUCCGCAGCAGAGAGACAGCAUAGAAGUGGUGAGAGUGACACUGAUCUUCUAAAGAAGGCGCAUGAGAUCUUCUUUGCUGAUCAAGCUAAGAAGUUUACUCUUGAACAUGCGUGGUGUACGUUGAGAUUUGAACAGAAGUGGCUUUCCCUUAACGUACCUAAAGCUGGCAACGGUGAGAAGAGGAAGAAUGUUGAGACAACGACACAACCUUCCACCACCGACGGUGUCGUUGAUGCUGAGCGGAGGCCAGAAGGAAUCAAAGCUGCUAAGGCUAGAAGAAAUGGUGGUAAAGGAAAGUCAGUGUCAGACUAUGCGAGUGUUUGGGAAAUGAAGAAGGAGGACUGGGAAAUGAAGAAGGAGGACUUGGAGAGGAAGGAGAGACUGUCGAAGUUAGCUAUACUUGACACUCUCCUGGCCAGGACUCAACCAUUGAGUGAGGCUGAAGAAGAUGUGAAGAAUAGGCUCUUAGCGGAGUGUUUCUGAACAAUUAGAGCUUCUAAACAUUAGUGGCUUAAACUUUUAACCUUUUUAUUCUCUGUGUAAUGUUUAAUGUAUGGAUCCUUUGCUUUCUGCUCAAUGUUUUAUGUUUUGUUAUGUUGUUCGGUGUUAAGUUCCCCUAAGUGCAUUUUAUUAUUAAUAUUAAUGUAGUUUGCUCACCUCAAAACGCUUGCUACUUUUUAUUAUUCUCUAUGUAUGAUUAAUAUUAAUGUACUAAAAACGCUUGUUACUUUUUUGCAGGUUUACUAGAAAAUGGGGCGCUACAGCUAUAGCCAACCAUCACAGUCGGGGGAUAUGUUUGGAAACAAUGCAGACAGUGAAUACUCCGAGACGGAGGAUCUAAUCCGACGUGAUCAAGCUGAGCUAAGCUUAGAACGUCGUUCAUCCGUCAUAUACCCUCCACAACCGGAGGUGGAGUUCGGGUUCCCGCAGGUUUGCUACUGUGGUUCUCCGCCACAGCUUGUAGCGUCUAGAAGUAUUAAUGGUGAAGGUCGCUUAGUAUACACUUGCGCGAAUAAAGACGACGGAGAGUGCCAUGUAUGGAAAUGGUGGGACGUGGCGGUGAUGGAGGAGAUGAGAGCCAGAGAUAGACAUGUCCUCCAGCUGGAGGAAAAGGUAGAUAACCUGUCCCUUUUGAGUGACUAUGAUAAGUUAUCUUCCGUGUGUGAUAAUGCUAAGGAGAAAUCUGUUUGUAGUGAUGGGUUUGAGUAUGUCGUGUGUGCUAUGGUCGUUGUACUAAUUUUAAUAGGGUUGGGGAUUAUGUAUGUGUAAUGGUUUAGGCAGGGAUGGUCGUUGCGUCGGUUUAGGCAAUGCGUUUUCGUUGUUUUUUUUAAGCCCUCGGAUGUAAUCAUUUUCAGACAUUGAAAACUUGUGUAUCAAGUUUGGACCGUCAAACAUGAUCAUUGUACUUGUACUCGGAUUUAUGUUUUAUAUCUACAUGUAUGUUUUCUAUUUUUCCAUAUUUCUGCAAUGUAUGUUUUUUAUGUACCUAAAAAUCACAUGUAUGUUUACUAUCCACCUAAAAAUCACAUGUAUCUUUUCUAUCUACCUAAAAAUCACAUGUAUCUUUUCUAUCUACCUAAAAAUCACAUGUAUCUUUACUCUCUACCUAAAAACCAUACCUAAAAAUCACAUGUGAGGAUCCUAACUACCAAGGUCUAUAAAUAACAGACUUAUUUUGAUUAGAAAAAAUGCAAAGCAUUCUCUUCUCUUUAAUUUACAUAGCAUUUACUCUCUUGCGAAAAUUUAUCAAUGGCUUCCUCCUCUCAUUUUCAUUACCACCAAGACGAUCACCAACCUGAUAAUGAAGAUAUAUUCGAAGACUUAUUUGAAGACAUUGAUGAUUUACUAGAAGAAAAUGAGCGUGUACCACGUAAUUUUAUCGACAGACAUCGGGAGGAAGGUCAAGAUAUGUUAUGGAAUGAUUAUUUUAGCGAUACUCCAACCUACCCGCACAAUGUCUUCCGGCGACGGUUU